CGCGCAAGGCGAAGAUACGAAGGAAGAAGAAUAAGAGGAGAAGAUGGAGGAGUCUAAAGGAGGGAUGGAAAAGAGAAAUGGGAGGGGACUCCGUGGAACCGAGGAAGAGAAGGGAGUCACUCCCAAGAGGAAGCAAGCCCGAGUGGCGACGCCUCAGUGACCGAGCUUACUCUCUCUUGUGCUUUGGCUCGCAAGCGCGAACCUCGUAGAGCCUCCUUUUUCGUCUACCACCUACCACGCGCGUCUACGCGUGUUCUCCCUCUCUCGUUCUCGUCCCUGCGCACAAAGACCGGCGCCUACUACAACCCUCGUGGUGGGCGCCUCGUGGACCUUCGCUUUUGGCUCCUACGAUACGGCCCUGAGAAUAAGCCAGUCGCAGUUAUACGCGCGCCCUUCCGUACCGUUCUUUGUCUCCAUUCUUUCUUUUUCCCUCGCCGAGUUGCUACGUUUCAAGAAGCUGCUUUCGCGACUGUCGCUCGCGUGCCUUACCACCGAGGAAACAACAAAAAAGAAAAGAAAACGACUUUCUCUCGAUUCUCUCUUUUUCAUCCUUCUCCUAACUUCGCUUCUAACUUCACACGUGCGCGAGUUCGCUUUCGAUGAUGACAUAAGUCUCUCUCGGCCUUGCGAAAUAACGAUGGUGUAUUUCUGGCGAUCGAGCGGACACGUGCUCCUACUUGCGCGUUCCAUCUAGCCGGAUGUUUCGAAGCUCUUUUCGCAAAACCAGUUGCAUCGUCACGAGUGUUUUGUUUACGCGCUUUCGUAGGAAAAAGGGAGGGGAGAGAGAGAGAGAGAGAAAGAGAGAACGAGCAGCGCAAGUGUGUGUGCAUUUCGCGUGAUUCUGCGCAGUGUCGAAUCGUAAGCCGGUCAGAAAUUAUAAGCGAAGCACGUUCUCGACUCCGAGCCGUUCUUAGUUUCGAAAGGGAAAGGAUAACGGAUUAACAGUGUUCCUUCUUGCCGAUUUUGCGAGUUUCGAAAGUUUUUUGGUGUUUCGUUAAGAUUUCAAACGUGAAACAGUGUGAUCGUUACCGAGUGGAGGAAUAGCAGUCCGUUCGACGUAUUAAUCGAUCGACGGAUCAUCCGGAAUAAAUUUUUUCGUCCUCGGAAGAAGCAAGAUGGUCGACUUCAUCAGCUAUCCGGAGAUUUCCUAUCUCUACGAUGAACUUCUCAUGGGUGUGACGGGCGACCGGCUGGCCGGGGGCGCCGCACACCUCCUCCAUCUCUUCUUCUUCUUGCCACGUCCACAACACACAAUGUAACAACAACUACCACUACUAGAGUCGUCCGCGCGAACCACGUUCUCAAUGUACUCGAUGUGAUGAACCGUCCUAUUCAAGUGAAGCCGGCGGACAGUGAAAACCGCGGAGACAGAAAGCUGUUCGUGGGAAUGCUGAGCAAACAACAGACCGAAGACGAUGUACGACAAUUGUUUGCUGCCUUUGGCACAAUAGAGGAGUGCACCAUCCUCCGUGGGCCAGACGGUAGCAGCAAAGGCUGCGCAUUCGUUAAGCUGUCGUCGCAUCAAGAAGCAUUAGCGGCGAUAAAUUCUUUACACGGUAGCCAAACUAUGCCGGGUGCGUCAUCUAGCGUAGUGGUAAAGUUCGCGGACACUGAGAAAGAGAGACAACUAAGACGCAUGCAGCAAAUGGCUGGGAACAUGAGCCUCCUUAACCCCUUUGUCUUCAAUCAGUUCGGCGCUUACGGCGCUUACGCCCAGCAACAAGCAGCGCUGAUGGCAGCUGCAACGGCACAGGGGACGUACAUCAGCCCGAUGGCCGCUCUAGCCGCUGGACAAUUACCACACGCUCUGAAUGGCAUGCCGAAUCCCGUCGUACCACCGACUUCCGGUUCCACAGGACAGCCGGUUAACGGAGCGAUACCGUCGUUACCCUCGCCGACGAUGCCCAAUUUCAACAUGGCCGCCCAAACACCGAACGGUCAACCAGCAGGUUCGGAUCCAGGUGUCUAUACCAACGGAAUACCGCAAACCUACUCGGGACAUGCCCUCCAUUUGUCGAUUCCAGCACAGGGGCUGCCCAAUGGGGAGGCGGCACUUCAACAUGCCGCCCCUUAUCCUGGAAUGCAAGCUUAUCCUCCUGGUGUCGCUUAUCCCGCAGUCUAUGGCCAGUUUCCUCAAGCUAUUCCUCAGCCGAUGACCGCCGCUGUGGCACCUACGCAAAGAGAAGGAUGCUCUAUCUCAGGACCCGAGGGCUGCAACCUGUUCAUCUACCACCUGCCACAGGAGUUCGGUGACACCGAGCUCAUGCAGAUGUUCAUGCCCUUCGGCAACGUCAUCUCCUCGAAGGUGUUCAUCGACCGGGCCACUAACCAGAGCAAAUGUUUUGGUUUUGUAUCGUUCGACAAUCAAGCGAGCGCGCAAGCAGCGAUCCACGCGAUGAACGGAUUCCAGAUAGGAAUGAAACGGUUAAAGGUACAACUUAAAAGGCCCAAGGAUUCUAGCAAGCCAUACUAACCCACGUCCUAGCGUAGAAAAACUGGACGGUUUGCGCCCUACGUCAUAACUUACAGAAUGUCGUACGAGAAUGCAAGCCCUUUGGAAGCUCGACGAUCAGGAGUGACGAGUUUGAAUCACCGCUGCAACGCUCCUCUCCAUCGUAAUAACCUAGUAUACUAGCUAGUUAAUUUCAUAGAGGAUAGUAUCUAGAAAUCGAGAUAGAGACGCAGCUUCGUCGCUCGCUAAAAAGUUGCCUCGACGAAGACGAAGGAGAUCCAAAGGAGAUCGAUUCGGAUGUUUUCUAUUAUUUUUCUUUUUUUUUUUGCGCUAAACCCAAAUUCGAGGAGACUGAUGGAGCAAAAAAUGUUAUACCGGAUAAACGUUCGACAAAUGCAACGACGCCGUGGCACGAGAAAGUUGGAGCGCAUCUCUCUUCGCUGACGUUUGACGUGUGACGUUUGACGUUUGACGUUUGACGUUUGGAAGAAAGGAUCUUUGGUCGAACACGAUCAUUCUACUCGUCA